AUAUAAACUUGUCAAAAUAGCGGUAAAGAGUUGUUUAUGUUAAGUGUAAGAAGGGCUUGUGUGUCCAUUUUCGACGAUAGAUGAAAGAAAUUAUUUUAUUCGCGAGAAUAUGUCACAACAAACAGCUGUUGUACAAACUAGUACAGGAUCUGAAAUAACACCUGCACUUGGAAAUUUACAAUCUGUUGGACCUACUAACCAAACGUUACCAGUUAUAUCUGCCAUGCAAAGUAAUAACUCAGUACCCAUUUUACAACCACAAACACAAAAUCAACAAUCUCAGUAUACGUCUCAAACAUCAAAACAGCAAACAGCGCAACAUUCAUCUGUAUCAAGUUCUUGUAAUGACUUCCCACAAUUUCUUACUAAAACGCGAUUACAAGAUUUAGUAAAAGAAGUAGACCCAACAGAACAGUUAGAUGAAGAAGUAGAAGAAAUGCUUCUACAAUUAGCAGAUGAUUUUGUUGAGACAACCGUAAAUGCAGCAUGUCUUCUAGCUAAGCAUCGUCAUGCAAAUACAGUAGAAGUAAAGGAUGUACAACUACAUUUAGAAAGGAAUUGGAAUAUGUGGAUACCUGGUUUUGGUACCGAUGAGGUUCGUCCAUAUAAGAGAGCAACUGUAACAGAAGCACAUAAACAAAGACUGGCGCUAAUAAGAAAAUCCAUUAAAAAAUAUUAAGUUUCUUAUGGUUCCUAAAUGUAAAAAAGAUUAUAGUAGCUUACUUUCAAUCAAAAAUUUUAUACUUGUAUACAAUCAUGUGUUGGCAUAUGAAUUGUUAAUAUAUGAUCCAUUAUAUUAA